UAAUGUGGAGUUCACCAUGGAGGAGUGGGCUUUCCUGGAUCUGACCCAGAAGAAACUCUACACAGAUGUGAUGCUGGAAACCUUCUGGAAGUUGGCAUCAGUAGCAUGUAUUUUAGAAGAAAAAUGUGAAGACCAUCACAGUGAAGAUCAGUAUGAAAAUCAUGGGAUGAAUCUUAGCAGUCAUAUGGUAGAGAGACUCUGUACAAGGAAGGAUGGUAGUCAAUGCAGAGAAAACUUCAGCCAGAUUCCAAAUCAUAAUGAAAAGAAGGAAACUCCUACUGAAAUAAAACAACCUAAAUCCAAGUUGUGUAGGCAAAUCUUCAUGCAUUAUUUAUCCUUGAAUAGCCACUUGAGUUCUCACAUUGGACCCAAACUAUACCUGUGUCAAGAAUAUGAAGAAAGCCCUUAUAAAUGUAAGGAACCUGAGAAAGCUUUCAAGCAUCAUCAACAUAUUCAAAGCCAUGAAGGCAGCCCCAGUGGGAAAGCUUUCCACUAUUCAGCUUCCCUUAGAAUUCAUGAAAGAGCGCAUAUUGCUGGGAAAUGGUAUGAGUGUAAGCAAUGUGGGAAAGUCUUUAGUCGUCUCAGUUACUUUAAACUUCACAAAAACACUCAUAGUGGAGAGAAACCAUAUCAAAGUAAGCAACGUGACAAAGCUUUCCAUUCUCCCAAGUACUCUGGAGAAAAUGAAAGAACACACACUGCAGAAAAACCCUAUGAAUGUAAGCAAUGUGGGAAAGUCUUCAGUUGGCUCAGUUCUCUUAGAAAACAUAAAAGAAGUCAUGCCGAAAAGAAGCCUCAUGAAUGUAAGGAAUGUGGUAAAACAUUUCUUCGUCGCUACUCUCUUAGAGAUCAUGAAAGGACCCAUAGUGGGGAAAAACCUUAUGAAUGUAAGCAGUGUGGCAAAGGUUUCUAUUCUCUAGUUGCCCUCCAACGUCAUGAAAUAACUCAUACCGGGGUAAAAUGCUAUGACUGUAAGCAUUGUGGUAAAGGUUUCUAUUAUCAAUCUUCUCUCCGAGAUCAUGAAAGAACUCAUACUGGGGAAAAACCCUAUGAAUGUAAGGUAUGUGGUAAAGUUUUCUCUUAUUCAACUUCCCUCCAAUAUCAUAAAAGAACUCAUACUGGGGAAAAACCCUAUGAAUGUAAGCAAUGUGGAAAAGCCUUCAGUUCCAGCAGCUCUCUUGCAAUUCAUAAAAUAAGCCAUGAAGAAAAGAAGCCUCAUGAAUGUAAGGAAUGUGGUAAAACAUUCCAUCAUCACUAUUCCCUUAGAAAUCAUGAAAAUACUCAUACUGGGACGAAACCCUAUGAAUGUAAGCAAUGUGGGAAAGUCUUCAGUUGGCUCAGCUCUCUGGGAAAACAUAAAAGAAGUCAUGCCGGAAAGAAGCCUCAUGAAUGUAAGGAAUGUGGUAAAACAUUCCCUGAUCAAUAUCACCUCCGACUUCAUGAAAGUAUUCAUACUGGGGAAAAACCUUAUGAAUGUAGUCAUUGUGGUAAAGCUUUCUCUUAUCCAACUUCCCUUCAACGUCAUGAAAGAACUCAUAAUAAGGAAAAACCCUAUCAAUGUAAGUAAUGGAAGAAAGCCUUUAUUCAUCCCAGUUCCCUUCAAAUUCACAAAAACUUUCAUUGUGGAGAGAAAUCAUAUGAAUGUAAGGAAUUUGGUAAAACUUUCAGUUUCUACAAGUCUCUUAGAAAGCAUGGAAGAACACAUACUAGGGAAAAACCUUACGAAUGUAAGCAAUGUGGGAAAAUCUUCUGUUGUGUCACACAUCUUGGUAGACAUAAAAGAAGUCAUGAUGAAAAAAAGCCUCAUGAAUAAGGAAUGAGAUAAACCUUUUGCCAUCUCUUUUCUCUAAGAUGUCAUGAAAUGUAUACUGGGAAGAAACCCUAUGAAUGCAAGCAAUGUGGGAUAGCCUAUAGU